UGUAUGGAAUGCUGGUUUCUCCAAAUAGGACUGCACUGAGAUAGGCAUUUUUGAUUCCUGAAUACAUUUCUGAACUUCAAACCAGACUUCUCCUGUUCAUUUUGUUGAGUCAAUUGAACAUUUGGCGCCUUGCAUUGUUUCCAGUUUAUCGCUGGUGACUCAUCCGGGGUCCAUCAGGGUCCUGGAAACUUAAGGGAACCAAGUCAGUUCGGCCCUGUCUCCUCCCAGCAUGAGGUAACGCCCUCUCCGCUCAUAGAGAUAAAAAGUGUUCAUUUUCUGCCUCUUUCACGCUCGCUUAGUUCGUAUAUGAACACCCAGGAGUGUGAUUGCGCAUCUUCCCGUUCAGUUUUGUCCAGAACCAGCCCUCUCGCUCCCAUGUUUUGAGCCCGCUCCUGUCCAGUCCCGCAUCACCAUGUCCACCGGAUCUCUAAGCGACGUCGACGACGAGCUCUUGGACGGGAUUCUCAAGUUCGGCUCCUGCGGCAAGGACUCCAACGAGAGCACGGAGGAGAGCUCCAACUGCGAGGGCAGCUUCGCCAACGAGGGCAGGAGGAGAGAGGCGUCCGGCAAGAAGCGCAAGACCGCGUCGCGCAAAAGUGCGCCCAAGGGUGUGGCGCAACAGGAGGGCAAACAGGUGCAGAGGAACGCGGCCAACGCGCGGGAGAGAGCCAGGAUGCGCGUCUUGUCCAAGGCCUUUUCGAGGCUCAAGACCUCCUUACCGUGGGUGCCGCCGGACACCAAGCUCUCCAAACUGGACACGCUGCGCCUGGCGUCCAGCUACAUCGCGCAUCUCCGGCAGAUCCUGGCCAACGACAAGUACGAAAACGGAUAUACGCAUCCCGUUAACCUGACGUGGCCCUUCAUGGUCGCAGGGAAACCGGAAACCGAUCUGAAGGAGAUGCUCAACGCGACGCGGCUGUGCGGAACAACUGCGUCCUGAUGCGAGGAAAGUGGGAGAAGUUUUUCUUUCCCUUAAAAGACAGAAAA